UCAAAUUGUGCUUGACAAACAAAAAUCCAAGCUGCGUUUAUUUUAUUUCAAAAUAAACUUUAUACACAGUAAAAAUGGCCGAAAAACCACCGGAGGAAGGCUACAUAUCGGUAGUAGAUGAAGAACCAGAAAUUUUCGAGUUGCUUAAAUGGGAUACGUCGCAUACUCAAAAACCAGAACAGCCACCGCGGCCUAUUGAAAAACCAAGGAGUCCCGAGAAAAGAGUUUUGAAGCCCGCGGAAUGCGAUCCUUUCGAUUUAAACGAAUCUUCUUUUAUAGAAACUUAUAGAUUGUCUAAAGAUUUAACAAGAGAUUUGUGCGAAGAGUUGAAGCCUGUGAUGCCUGAUUCAACGAAAUCAAUUGAAUUCUCUAUUGAAAGUAAAGUAUUAGCAGCUCUAGCAUUCUAUGCAUCAGGUAAAUACCAGAAGACCAUCGGAGGCAGAGGGGACCCUAGCAUCACGCAGUACUUUGUGGGCACUGCCGUCCUGCAGGUCACAGAGGCUAUGAACCAUCCCUCGAUUGUGAAGAAGUACAUACACUUCCCCCAUUUGAGGCAGGAGAGGGAUAUUAUUAAGGCCAAAUUCUACAUGAAGUAUGGCAUACCCAAUGUGGUAGGGUGUGUGGAUUGCACUCAUGUGCCAAUGGCUCGGCCUGAUGAUGAUCAGAAGAGCCACUUCAAUAAGUCUUACCAUUCCAAAAAAGUGCAGAUUAUCUGCGACAGUGACUCAACAAUAAUAAGCGUGGACGCGACGGCUGGCGGCUCGUAUUCACACGACAACAUACUGAACAGACACGCCGUCAGAGUCGAUCUGGAUAGCCUCAACCAUUCCGGAGAACCUUGCUGGCUUAUUGGUGGUCCACAUUACACCCAAAAGACAUACGUAAUGACACCCAUCCCGAAAAUAACAAAGAAGUCACCAGUUUCACCAGAAAAGUAUUACUCAAACAUUCACGCACAAGCGCACGGCGCAGUCCUCGAAACUAUUAAACAGCUGAAGACAAGGUGGAAAUGUCUUCAAGCCAACUCCAACAAACAGUUUGACCCACCCACAGUAGCCAUGAUGAUUGUAGCUUGCUGUGUACUACAUAACAUGUGCAAUCGUAGAGGCUUACCCAUAGUUCCUAUGACCCAAACCGAAGAACGUUUGGAAGCCAUGAAACAGAAGGUAGCCAAUGGCCCCAUACCUAGGAAGCAAGUUGAAGAUGUAAAUGGUACACAGGCAAGAGCAAGAUUAGUUGAAAGACUGUGGAAUGAACGUAGGAUUGCACCGGAAUGUGCUCCUAAGAAACGAAUGUCGAAGAAGGACAGGAUAUUGGAGAACCACCAGGGUCAGUUGCGUCAUCAGAUGCAACCUCCUCAGCAAAUGAACCAUCCGCCGCAGCAGUUGCAUCAGAGUCACCAUGAAGAUAUGAGUAAGAGACCCCGUAUUAUUUCUAUGACGACCCCCACGUAUAGUUUAGGAGUGCCCUCCGGAUGGGGUCACUAUCCACAACACUGAGGGGGUCAUUGGGUAUUGUCUGAGGCAGGAACGUCAGUAAGAGAAUGGUAAUACGCUAAGCGUGUACCUGUAUUGGCAUAGAGAAGCAGAUUCUUUGAUUCCCGCAUCGGGAGAGAUAAGCCUUAAAAUUAUGAAGACAAAUUACAAACUUUUAUUAUUUCUUCUGGUCAAGGCUAUUUUCAUAUAUUUCUGGAUACGUCUCAGUUAAAAUGAUCAUUCGAAUAGAUUGUGCGGAUCUGGUAGCCAAUGCCUACUUUGAUGGUGGUAAAAAAGUGGCCAAAAGGGUCUAUAUUAUUUGCGGUAUUUUGUGACAAAUGGCUAUGUAAGGUCUCCGCAGUAUUGCCUAUAAAAACGUAAAAUGUAACAGUGAGAUUAUGAAUUUGAUGAUUUUUUAUAUACAUUUUUAUUAAGGUAGCUUUAGAUUUAAAAGUUUUGUUAUAGUAUUCUUAACAUUCGAUUUGAAAUGUACGAAUAUGAGACAAACUGAUAAUUUGUAGAAUUUAUGCAUAAAUCCUAAAUAUUUAUUAAAAGACUACUCUGAAUAAUAUGUAUGUUUCAUAAAGACUUGACAAUGUUUUUUAUUAUAAUCUUUUUUUAUAAUGAUAGUAAGUUAUAUUAUUAACUUUAUACAAGUAUACAUUGUGUUUGUCCAUUUAUGUUUGUUUUUUUUUAGUAAAAAAAGACAUUUUGCGUAAACCGUUGAGUAUUAAUUUAGUGAAGAAUUGGAAGGCAUCUCAAAGGACAUAUUGUAUAACCUUAGUUUUUAUGAAGAAAUACACGCUGUGUAAAUAU